GCGGAUAUAAAUAUUUCCACUUCCUCAUGCGCAUGCCCAGUGAAAAGUGAAAAAUCAUAACAAUAUCUGACGCAUAAUUAUUCAUUCGACAAAAUGCCUCUUUUUACGAGUAGUACGCCGUUUGAUCCUGAUGUUGAAAAAGCCACCAGUGAAAUGAACACGGUGGAAGAUUGGGGUCUCAUUAUGGACAUAUGUGACAAAGUAAAAAACAACAAUGGGUCAAAAGACUGUUUACGGUCGAUUGUGAAGAGGUUGAAUCAUAGAGUUCCUUUUGUUGCCAUGCAGGCACUCACAAUGCUCCAUGCCUGUGUGAACAACUGUGGGCGGGAAUUCCACCUUGAAAUCUGUUCUAGAGAUUUCAUAGCAGAGUGUCGAACUCUCAUCAAUCAAAAGGCCCAUCCAAGAGUGGCACAGAAAUUAAAGUUCCUGAUCAAAACUUGGGCUGAAAUGAAGGAAUUUAAAGAAGAUGCAGCACUCAAUCUUAUCCCGACUUUCUAUGACAGUCUUAAAAAAGAGAAGUUAGACUUUGCCGAUCCAGAUGCAUCUCCAAAGACAACUGUAAAGUUGAGUACAGAUCCAAAUGUGGCACAAUCCCAACAAGAAGAAGAUGACUUGAUGAAAGCUAUAGCACUGUCAUUACAAGAAGAAAAGACUGGCCAUAAGACAUCAAGCGGGCUGUACCCAACCACAUUCGGGGCCUCAGGCUCAUCAUCUUCACCAAGAGUCCGGGAGGUCAGAAAGGUGAGGGCCUUGUAUGACUUUGAAGCUGUAGAGGAUAAUGAAUUGACAUUCAAGUCGGGGGAGCUGAUCAGUGUUCUGGAUGACAGUGAUCCAAAUUGGUGGAAAGGGUUCAACCAGCGUGGGGAAGGGCUGUUCCCGGCCAAUUUUGUCACCGCAGAUCUGACAGUCGAGCCAGAAGAAACAAAGAAGAAGGUUGGUUUCAGUGAGGAGGUGGAGGUUAAGACAAUAGAGGCUCCGGAGCAGCUCGACAUAGAUGAGGAGAAGAUAGAUGAUAUGUUACAGCAGAUCCAGAAUGCAGACCCGACAGGAGAGACCCGGCCUGACGCUGUGGAGAUGCUUCAGUUAGAAGAACAAUGCAAGGCCAUGGGUCCGCUGAUUGAUGCAGAACUGGAGAAAAUUGACAAGAAGCACGCAGACCUUUGUGGAAUAAACACAAAGGUGCUUGAGGCCCUCCAGAUGUACCACAACCUGAUGAAGGAGACCCCUCUACCCUUCCAGUACAAGACCAUGUCUGGGUACAGCGCUGGAGCCAUGGGAAUGCCGCCUGGCCAGUCAAGCCAGCAGUUCAAUGGGAGCCAGUAUGUGCCACAGGGUCAGAUGAUGCAAGGUCAAAUGCCACAAAUGUCACAAGGUCAAAUGCCAUCAAUGAGUCAAGGUCAAAUGCCGUCAAUGAGUCAAGGUCAAAUGCCACAAAUGUCCCAAAGCCAGAUGAGCUAUGGACCUGGACAGCCUCAGACGUACACGACAGCUUCUAGUCAAAAUUACAACAAUAGUUCUGCAAUGCAAGGACCAAACCAAGGAUACAGCCAGCCCUCUUCACUACCCCAGCAGACGCAUCCCCAACAAAAUGUAGUUCCUUCACAACAAAAUAUUCCUACGCCACAGAGUAUGAAUGUAGUUCCCUCACAAUCACAGUAUGUUCAUAACAUGGGCCCAGCUUCGAACAUGGCCCCUAGUGACUAUGGCAAUCAAGCCGGGGUACAGUCAAUGUACCAACAACCUAUAUCCCACCAGCAACUCUUGUGAAAUGUGUACUCUGUAUAACAUUCUUUAUACAAACAAUACUAUUGUGAAACAUGUACACGGAUAUUUUGUAUGUGAUUUUGUGAUUGAAAAAGGAAAUGGUAGAGAAAAAUUAUCACAGAGAAAUGGCAUGAAAUGUUACAAAAUGAAAGUGUUAAGAUCAGUGAUUUGUGUUUUUAUAGAUCUUUUUAAUCUGUAAUACAGACAUAUUUUGAUAUUGUGACCGCUUGAACAAGAACUCAUUUUUUUGUUUAUCAUCACAUCAGAUAAUUUAAAAAAAAGAUGAGAUAAUCUUAAAAGUGGUACGUUACAAAAACAUUUUAACAGAAGCUCAAGAAAAACCUAGUUGUCCCACUGUAUUUAUGAAGUAUAACAGAAUUAAGUACUGUGGUUGCCAAGAUGGGAUUUUUUAUGCUCAUUCCAGUAAUCAAAAAAUAGUCUUCUUGAUAAACAACCCAAAUUCGUAUACUUCUGAAUGGCAUCAAACUUAUUUUAAAGUCUAGAAAUUGAGCAAGCCCGGAAAGUAUUUUACCAGUGCUUAGGUUGCGGGCACUUGCUAAUCUCGAGUACAGAUGUUAAAAUUGGUGAACACACAAGAUGUCUCAUUAUUAUUACUGGUUCAGUUCAGCAUAUUGUUGGUGUAGUUGUCUGCAAGAGGAACCAAAUUUAUUUAGUGAAAGUUUUGAUUCAGAAAUUGAUCAUGUUGUGUUUCUAUUUUAUUUUAAAUAUUUCUCCAUUUUUUUAUAGUGUUUCUCGACACAUUUUCUUUCAUUAAAAUAAAUGAAUGAAGCAAAACAAAAUGGAAAAAGGCAUUAUUUUUACAAGAAAAUUCAGUCUGCUUAAAUUGACAUGUUGAGUAAAGAAUUAAAAUUGUUGUUCUUUUUUUAGAACUGUCUUCUUGUGUUAUGGGUUCCUAAGUUCAGGGGCCAUGAUUAAAAACAAUCUCAACUCCGAGUUCAGACUCAAGUGGCAAAACUGCAAAUCUUCAUUUCAUUGUAACUUUCCUACUAGAUAGCAUUGAUGACAAAAUUUGCUGAAUUUUAUUACUAUUUGAAAUUGUACAAUGAUUUGUAAAAAAAUUUGGUAAAAUGAAUGAAUAAUUUUUUAUAAAGAUUCUUUUGCCAUUUGAUACAAAGGGUUUACUGAGUCUAGACUGUUUGUAAUUAUGGCCCAAGGGUUAAACCUGAAACUCAGGAUUGAGGAUUGAGGGCCUUUAACAUCAGAAUAUUAUUAAGUUGUAAAGGUAGCGUUUUGCUCGGACAUUUGCAUAAAAAAACAGUAGGAAGUACCUUGGAAUGAAUAAAGAUGACAUUGGAAACAAUAUUAAAAGGGGUCUAAGCCCUUGUAUCCUGCUUUGGGCUUGAGUCCCUCAUACUCAAGCACACCCGCAGCUAUUUUUCAGGAAUGACAAUUUACAGCUGUUAGAACCCUGAUACAUUGUAUAUAUGAUAUGGGUUAGUAGGAUUCAUUUGAUUUUAUUAGAUAAAAUUUUCUCUUGACAGAAUACACACUGUUUUCAAAAUUUAUUUGUAGAAUUAUUAUACAAUUAUAAGUAACUUGAUGUUAAAAAGCAUGAGAAUCUGAAAUGUUAAAAAUUGAUUUAACGUUUUGUAAGUUUAAUGGUGGUGACCCCAUUUUCAGCAGAUUUUGUGUCCAAACAUUCACAUCCUUGUGUUAACUGCCACUUGUAUUUAUAAAUAUCUUGAUUAAACUUAUAACAGUUGAUGUCUUUCCGCAACUCAGCAUGUCAAGAUAAUUAGACUGCAUACAACAUCCUUACUUUGUAUAGUAUGUUUGUGAUAAAAACCUCUAACAUGUUGCUUACUUAACAUCCUCUUUACGUCUGUCUUUCUUUAUGUGUGACGGUAUGCUGUUGUUGUUAUCGUUGUUGUUUUAGUAAACUUCUCAUCUUUACCUCAAUUGCUUUGUCAACUCUUUGUCAAAGAUGUCAUCACCCUAGUGCAAGAAUUCAAUAGCUGAAUAUAGAAACAAAAGCCAGGGCUGUCUUUCAGUUUUAGGGGGAAUGGGCUAGGGCACUUUGAAAGGGGAAUGUUGUCAAAAAGGGGAUUUUAAAAUUAAACUAAUAUUUCAUAUUCUUAAUGAAAAUAUGGUGUUACAACUGAAAUAAAAUUCACAUUAAUCAAAUAAAAAUAGCGUGAAGACUGAUUUGAUUUUGAUUUUUUUAAAUGGGAAUUUUAACACAGAAUUGGGGGAAAAUCUAUACUUUUUAGGUUGUGAAAUUUGGAGGGGAAAUUUGGCUCCAGAAUCACUAAAAAGAAUGUUCUGGAAUCUGUUAUUGAUUUCUAGCAUAAAGAUGAUGAUAUAUUUACAUAAUUUGUUGAUAGUUUUCUCUUGCAUUGUUACAUUUACAGGUAAGAAUAUUAAAUGGAAAUUUAUUUACAUAAAAGGAUUCUGCAUUACGCAUUCAUUUAAACUAGAAGUAUUUCUAUAUCUUUUUAUAUAAUUAAUGCAAACUGUUCAGACUUUGCGGAUGCAAGGUGAAAAUAUCAUUAUUGUAAUUUAAGAUUUUAAAAUUAAAAUAAACAAACAAGUCUGUCUGCAGGGAAACUGCAUUUGUUACCUAAUGUACAUUAACUUUGCCAAGUUUUAGGAAUUUAAUGUAAUUGUGAGAUGGAAAAUGUUUGUUAUAGUUUUUUAUAUGAGACAAUAGAUGUUCAUGAAUCUGACCCACACUAUGAUUUACAAUAUUGUUAAACUCCUGGGGACCCCAAUUUAAAGUGAUACUCUUAUUCGAAAUCAAUAUAUAAACAUGUUGAAGAAACAUCACUUUUGACUGAUAAAUCUUACGCUACUUACUAAAUAAUUCAUUCAUGGAAAAUAUUAAUUACUGAUAACACGCUUGUAGUCGUGAAUUCAAUAGCAGAAAGCGCAAAAAUAUUAACUGAGUGGUGAAUGCUAAAAGAUUUACUGUGGUCUAUUAUAGCCACAUAUGGUAGAAAUACAGUGUUAAAUGCUCAUUUAUUUCAAAUUUCACUCGGUACCCUUCAUAAAGACCAUUGUUUUCGACAUUUACUCAUCCUUUUUGGAAUAUUAAAACAAUAUUAUUCAUUGUGGUAAAUCUUAUUUGGGAGUAAGAGUGCAUCUUUAAUGUUGGUAUCAUUUGAAAGGCAUGUUUGCUGAGUACUUAUACGUUUAAUAAAUGACCAAAGGUAUUCAUAAAGAAAUAAAUGUUUGAAUAUUUACUCUUUUUGUCAGAUGUAAUUUGACCUAUUCUGCAAUCUUUGAAGGUCAAAAAUAAAUAAAUUAUAUUUUCGGUACUUUUUUUUUUCAUUUUCUGUAUCAGCCUUUCAAAUAAUGCAUAAAUGUUAUGGGGUUUCAAGACAUCCAAAAUUCUCAUAUUUAAAGGUCAAAUAUCUUCAUUUUGUGUAAAUUAUUAGAUUGAUUGAAACCUUGUUUCAAAAGGUUGUGAACAAAUAACAGCCAUUAAAAGUAAAAGCUGUUAUUUUUCUGUGCAAAUAUGUGUAUGCAAGUUUGACCACAAGAAUGUCUUAACAUGUCAUUCAUUUUAGUUUGCAAUUAUAAAGACUGUAUGCUUUUAUAUUAUUUUGUAUGACAUUGAUUUAUCCAUCUUGUGAAUGGUAUUGAAAAGGCGCUGAUAUUCAGCAUUUUACAUGCAUUUUAAAAACAUAGUUUGUAUUUUCAUAUGAAUAUAAAUAAAUAUAUGCGACAUAGUUGCUCUUUGCAAAUUUUAAAUGGAAAAAAAGCCUUACUGGUUUAUGGAAUAAGAUAUAAAGGAUUAUUGUUUGUUUCAGUGAUAUAUAUUUUAUAUUCCAUCCAGUGAGCACCAAAAGUAAUAUUUACAUGAAUAGCACUUAAAUGUUUUUUCUCUCUUUCUAAACAGUGAUAUAUUCCUCGGGAAAUUGUAUAUUUCAUCCAGUGAACACUGAAAGUAAUAUUUUCAUGAAAGGCACUGAAAUGGUAUUUCACUGUUUCAAAACAAUGAGAUAUCACUUAUAUCCACUGAUAAAAUUCUAUAAACCAUCGUAAGGCAUAAAAAUUCCUCUUGAAACAUUUAUUUGCAUUUUAUUAUCCAAAAUGUUAACUUUGUAACAACUUUAUUUUUCAAGAAUUUAAGUAUUAGGAUAUAAAUUAUGUGAAUUGCCGAAAGUAUUUUACAUGUAUGUAUCAGUUUUUUGUUACUUCUCACAUUUUGUUAUCUCUCAUAGUGCAAUCUAGUUGAGUGUUUUUUUCACGUGUUGUAGGCAUUUUUGUUAUUGACUAACUGUUCUGUCAUUGCCCCUAACAAAUACAACAAAACCUUAACCUGAAUUACAAUCUUAAUAAAAGCAAACUUGAUAUACAGUCAAACCCAUUGGCUCAAUAUCGCUCUGAUCUUAUAAGUACUUUAACUUUAAAAUUCUGGUAUGUUUAAAAUUAACAUAAAUUUUAGAAAGUUUAUUAGACAUUCUUUGGAAUUCAUUACAAGAGAUUCAAGAAGGAAGGAAGAUUGACAGUUUUCAUUGACCUUUCUGCCAAUAACUUUUGUAUUGCCUAUAGACCAGGCCCCAAUUUCUCGAAACUUCUUAAGCUUAACAGGCUUAAGUCGCUUAUUUCAAUUAGCCAAAAUACAUACUAACAAUAGAUUGUGAUAAAUGAACAAUGGUUUCUUCUAAUUAGCAUACAGAUUUUCCUUAUAUAAUUUCUAAAAACUCUUAAAGAAGUAAAUAUAACGCAUGUUAUAGAACAAUAAAAAUAGUGAGUUUAGCUUAAUCCUGUUAUAAGGGACUUAAGAAGUUUUGAGAAAUUGGGGCCAGGGGUUAUUAAAUCAGACAAUUUGCAGGUUUUUGCCCAUUUUGACUAUGCUUGACCAACCUCACUCACAGAAAUCGGCUAAAAAUUGGUUCUAUUUCUUUCAUUUUUUUUUAAUAUUUUGAUUUGAAAUUGCUAAGUCAGUAAAAAAUGUAAUACACAAACCUUGUCAAACAUUCAUAAAUACCCCCAAUAAAUGUGUCAAGAAAGGAACAGACACAUAAAAUGUUUUAGUUUACAUGUAUUCAUAUGUAUAGUAGCCAACCAGUGUGCUAUUGGUCAGUGACGUUAUUUCAUUGUGAAAUCAACCAAUCAAUAACUGGUUGGCAAUUACAUUAUGAAUUGUUAUAUAACUAUGAACUUGUCUGUUUGUGUAAAUUUGGAAAUAAAAAAUCUUAAAAUAAUUGUUGAUGAAUGUUGUUAAUGAAUGCUUAUUUUUUAUUGCCUUGACUUUUUCAAAUAUUUCUAG